UUCCACUACUCCCUCAAUUUAAUGUCACCAAAAAUAUAUAGCCGUUGCUAAUUAUCAGGUAAAAAAAAAAAAACAAAAAACGCAGCAAAAGCUUCAUAUUAUAUUUACUUUUUAUAUCUUUUUUUUUUUUUUUCUCUCUUAGCUUCAAAUCAUUGGAUUUGGUUCCAUCUCUGAGCAUUUUAAGUUUUUAACUAUUGAGUUCAGCAAAUUUUUUAAAAAAGAAAAUUGAUCAUUUCUUGCUUUUUUGAGCUAUGUCUUAAUGAUUACUAGUCUAUUUUCACAUGCUUUGGAUGCUACUUUAGCCAGAAAGGAAUAAUCAUAAUAAUUUGCAUUUUCACAUCUUUGGCCUUUGCUUUCUCAUUCUCUUCCUCUCUGGAGGUUGGUGAGUGAAAAAGGCAGUUUUUAAGUAUUCAAGUAAGCAAAGAAGUGAUCUUGGAAGCAGAAGAAUUUGAGCAGUGCAGAUCUAGAAAACGAGCUUAAAACCAUUGAUGUAAGGAGGGAACCAAGUAGCAGAAACAGCUCGUUUUUUUGCUUCAGGGGUUGGGUGGGACUUGAGAAAGAGAGAUGGAAGCUUUGUACAUUUUCUCUUGGGUUUGCUUCUUGGGUUUGGUUUCGUUUCAAGGAAAUGCAGACCUAGUUGAAGAUAAGCAGGCAUUACUUGAUUUUGUUAACAACCUGCGCCACUCCCGUUCUCUAAAUUGGAAUGAGACUUCUCUGGUCUGUAACAACUGGAUAGGAGUGACUUGUAAUGCUGAUGGCUCUCGGAUAAUAGCGAUUAGAUUGCCUGGAAUCGGAUUACAUGGGCCUAUUCCUGCCAAUACUAUUAGCCGCCUCUCAGCUUUGCAGAUUUUGAGUCUUAGAUCCAACGGUAUCAGUGGUCAUUUCCCUUCUGAUUUCUCUAAUUUGAGAAACUUGUCGUUUCUUUAUCUUCAAUACAACAACUUCUCUGGUCCAUUGCCGAUGGAUUUCUCUGUUUGGAAGAAUCUAACUAUUGUUAAUUUGUCCAACAAUCGAUUCAGUGGGAGUAUUCCUUGUUCGCUGUCCAAUUUGUCUCACCUUGAGGCGUUGAAUCUUGCAAACAAUUCACUUUCUGGUGAAAUUCCUGAUCUGAAUUUGCCUAGCUUGCAACAGAUAAACUUGUCCAACAAUAAUCUCACUGGUGAUGUUCCAAAGUCGCUUUUAAGGUUCCCGAGGUCAGUAUUUGGAGGUAACAACAUUUCUUUUGAAAGCAUUCCUCCUCAAACAUCCCCGUAUGUUGCACCCUCUGGUGAACCAUAUCCAACAUCCAAGAAGUCGGGGAAGCUUGGAGAAACUGCAUUAUUAGGAAUUAUAAUUGCUGGAUGUAUUCUGGCAAUUGUGGCAUUUGCAUUUUUUAUAAUUGUUUGCUGCUCAAGAAAAAAGAGUGAGGAUGUGUAUUCACGGAAGUUGAAAAAGGGAGAGAUGUCACCAGAGAAAGUGGUCUCGAGGAGUCAGGAUGCAAAUAACAGAUUGUUCUUUUUCGAGGGUUGUAAUUAUACAUUUGAUUUGGAGGAUUUGUUGAGGGCUUCCGCUGAAGUAUUGGGGAAGGGAACUUUUGGUAUUUCUUAUAAGGCAGUGCUAGAGGAUUCAACUACAGUGGUGGUGAAGAGGUUAAAGGAGGUUACUGUUGGGAAGCGGGAUUUUGAGCAACAGAUGGAGGUUGUUGGAAGCAUUAAACAUGCGAAUGUGGUUGAGCUGAAGGCAUAUUAUUACUCAAAAGAUGAAAGGCUGAUGGUUUAUGAUUAUUACAGUCAGGGAAGCGUUUCUUCCAUGUUACAUGGUAAGAGAGGAGAAGACAGAAUCCCUCUAGAUUGGGAUGCCAGAAUGAAAAUAGCAAUUGGGGCAGCCAGAGGCAUUGCUCGCAUCCAUAUGGAGAAUGGUGGGAAGUUUGUCCAUGGCAACAUCAAGUCCUCAAACAUUUUUGUGAACUCCCAACAGUAUGGUUGUGUGUCAGAUCUCGGUCUGUCAACUAUAAUGUGCUCACUAGCCCCUCCCAUCUCCCGUGCUGCUGGUUAUCGUGCCCCUGAAGUUACUGACACCAGAAAAGCUAUGCAGCCUUCUGAUGUCUAUAGCUUUGGAGUGGUCUUACUAGAGCUCCUUACUGGAAAGUCCCCUAUCCAUGCUACUGGUGGUGACGAGAUUGUCCACUUGGUCAGGUGGGUUCAUUCAGUAGUUCGAGAGGAGUGGACAGCUGAAGUAUUCGACAUAGAACUGAUGAGAUAUCCAAACAUAGAGGAAGAGUUGGUGGAGAUGUUACAAAUAGCAAUGACAUGUGUUGUGAGGAUGCCGGAUCAGAGACCUAAAAUGCCAGAACUGGUUAAAAUGAUAGAAAACGUCCGGCAGAUUGAUUCUGAUAAUCGGCCAUCUUCAGGAAACAGAUCUGAUGGUUCAACACCACCAGCAACAGUGAUUGGGAGAGAAUCCCAAGUCCCACAAUGAGUCACCAUAUACCUCUAUUAUUGGAGUCUUUUUUUCAAUUCUUUUUACCUAGUCUAGUGGUGUAUUUUUUUUAAAAAAAAAUCGUUUUGCCUUUUUCAAUGAACAAAUUCUGUUGAGACUUGUAUCAACCUGAUCCUGGAAAGGUAGAGUUGCAAGGUUAUGCGUUGGUGAAUCUCACUGCUACUGAUGCUUUGAACGUGGUAAGAUACCAUCCCUAUCAUUCUCUCUUUUAUGAAUAUUUUUCAUUCCUUUGAUACUAAAUGAAAAGAGCAGCAUCCUAUAUCAAAAUUCAAAGGUCAUUUCACAGAUGUCCGUGGCAUCGGUUUCUUAAAGUUGGUUAGCAUGUCAGAUGUCACUUGAAUGACUCUAAUAUCAUUUGUUAGAACGUUGGAGUAAUUGACUCGUAUAACAUAUGUAUCGUUGUUCUUAGCUUUUACGUUGUUACAUCUUACAGAUGCCACUACGAAAUGGAAAUAUGAAAAUGGGUUAUUGAAAAUUAGACAAGAAAUGAAAUGAGUUUCACUGUUUCAUAAGUAGCAGCUUCUUGAUAGGUCCUGGAGUCGUCCGGUGACAUUUAUGUUCCUGCCUUUAGACCUCAACUACAAUUUGCAACAACAUUCCUUCAACAGAAUUUGAACAAACAAUGACCUCCAAAGUCCAAAGGCAUUCGAGAUAUCAAUGGGUCCCUGGCCCGAGUAACAAUUUUCCCAUGAAGUGCCGCUCUUAAACCAGUGCAGAAUACUCGCAGGGAGUCAACCCAAGGCCCAUGCCUUGUUUUCUUGUUCUCAGGCACGGCUUUCCUAAUCCAACUUCAUAGCAA